AUGAAUAAUCAAGAUGAUAAAAUUUCUGUGAAAUUAUAUAUGGCCGACUUAUGUUAUAAUUAAUGUGUUAAAUCAUAUAUGGAAAAGAUAUUAACUCCAUUUGAGAAAGAAUGCAUGAUGAAAUGUUUAGAAAAUAUCUAAGGUUUGAGAAUUGAGUUUUAUAAUGCAUUUAAUAAAUCAUGA